AUGGCAGAAAGUGUCGUCCAUAAUGUGGCAUUACCAUUCGUUGGGACUUUUAUGCCAAAGAAAGAGUUUACUCUUGAGGCUUUGGGAAAUGCGUUUCCUCCUCAUUAUAAGGAUAUUUCCAACACUAACCUUCCCGCCGAGUUGUUGCCAAAGUAUACUACCAUUGAAUAUACCCUCAAUCGUGCAGCUCAAGUUCCUCCAAUAUUUUUGUAUGUAGUAGAUACUUGCCUCGAAGACGAUGAUCUGAAGGCAUUGAAAGAUUCUCUGGUUGUUAGCUUGAGUUUAUUACCACCCCAUGCAUUAGUUGGCUUAAUUACUUUUGGUACAAUGGCACAAGUUCACGAACUUGGAUACAGCGAAUGCCCUAAAUCUUAUGUCUUUCGCGGAACAAAAGAAUAUUCAUCUAAACAAAUUCAAGAAAUGCUUGGUUUGGGUGCACAAACUUUACGCGCUCAGACACAACGACCAGGUCAACCUGGAGUUACUCAGAAUCCUGGUGCUGCCAGAUUUCUUUUACCAGUUCAGCAAUGUGAAUUUACCUUGACGUCCAUCCUAGAACAACUUCAACGUGACCCAUGGCCUGUUGCAAAUGAUAAACGACCUCAAAGAUGCACAGGUGUUGCAAUGAGCGUUGCCAUUGGAUUAAUGGAGACCACUUUUCCAGCAGCAGGAGCGCGUAUAAUGCUUUUCUGCGGUGGUCCGGCUACUGAAGGUCCUGGUAUGGUUGUAGGUAACGAAUUGAAAGAACCUAUUAGAUCCCAUCAUGAUAUUGAGAAGGAUAAUGUUAAAUAUUAUAAAAAAGCUACCAAGUUUUAUGACGCACUUGCUAAACGUAGUUCAGCAAAUAGUCAUAUUGUUGAUAUUUUUGCUGGAUGCCUUGAUCAAGUUGGAUUACUUGAAAUGAAAUCUAUGGUGAAUUCGACUGGAGGAUAUAUGAUUCUUUCCGAUUCUUUUACCACAUCCAUUUUCAAACAAAGCUUCCAAAGAGUUUUUAAUAAGGAUGCUCAAGGUAAUUUACAAAUGGGAUUUAACGCAACACUGGAUGUACAGACUACCAGAGAAAUGCGAGUUUGUGGGUUGAUUGGUCAUGCUAUCUCUGGAAAUAAAAAAAGUGCAUCUGUAGCUGAAACUGAAAUUGGUAUAGCGAACACAUCUGCAUGGAAAAUGUGCGGGAUCACACCAAAGACGACCGUUGCGGUAUAUUUUGAGGUUGUCAGUCAGCAUGGUCAACCACUCCAACACAAUAAUCGGGGUUUAAUUCAAUUUGUGACACAUUAUCAACAUUCCAGCGGACAGUUCCGCUUGCGUGUUACCACUGUUGCCAGAAACUUUGCUGAUGGGGGUAAUCCUCAAAUUGCUCAGUCUUUCGAUCAAGAGGCUGCUGCUGUACUUAUGGCACGUAUAGCAAUUUUCAAAGCAGAGAUUGACGAUGGACCAGAUGUUUUGAGAUGGUUGGAUCGUAUGCUAAUUCGACUAUGUCAAAAAUUUGCCGAUUACCAUGUAAACAACUCACUCAUAAUGAUUCAACCUACACUAAUGUCAUACGGAUUUGAUACAUCACCGCAACCAGUACUUUUAGAUUCAGUUUCUAUAAAACCGGACGAACUUUUGGUAGACCGUUUCCCAGUUCCUCGAUAUAUUGUUUGUGACCAACAUGGUUCUCAAGCACGUUUUCUUCUUUCCAAACUUAACCCUUCAACUACUCACGUUUCUGGAGGCAUGUAUGGAACACCACAAGGAGAAACAUUGAUU